AUGCCGAAGGGAAAGAAGGCCAAGGGGAAGAAGGUGGCCCCGGUGCCGGCCAUGGUCAAGAAGCAGGAGGCCAAGAAAGUGACGGCUACUCAGCUGCUGAAGCUGGCCCACAAGUACCGACCAGAGACCAAGAAGGAAAAGAAGCAGAGACUGUUGGCCUGGGCUGAGAAGAAGGCUGCUGGCAAAGGAGACACCCCCACCAAGAGACUCCCUGUCCUCUGUGCUGGGGAGAAUACGAUCACCACCCUGGUGGAGAACAAGAAGGCUCAACUAAUGGUGAUCGCACACGACGUGGACCCCGUAGAGCUGGUGGUCUUCCUGCCGGCCUUGUGUCGGAAGAUGGGUGUUCCCUACUGCAUCAUCAAGGGCAAGGCCAGGCUGGGCCGCCUCAUCCACCGGAAGACCUGCACCACUGUUGCCUUCACGCAGGUGAACACAGAAGAUAAAGGUGCUCUGGUGAAGCUGGGAGAAGCCAUCAGAACCAAUUACAAUGACAGAUAUGAUGAGAUCCCCCGCCACUGGAGAGACAAUGUCCUGGGACCCAAGUCGGUGGCCCACAUCACCAAGUUGGAGAAGGCCAAGGCCAAAGAACUCACCACUAAACUGGGCUGA